AUGCCUACUUGCAGCACUUGUGCAGGCAAUUUUUCCCUUGAAGAAUUCAUAUACAAGGAUAAUGACUAUGAUACCUGUAACUGUUGUAAAAUUUCAAGGGCUAAAAAGAGAAAUGCCAAAAAAAAUAAAUUACUUGAUGAUUCUAACCCUGAACAAAUGUUUAUUGAAAUAAUUUCCCUCCAAGAAGACACUAUUAGCGAUAUUGAUGCAAAUGUUCGAAUUAUGGCUAAAUUAAUUAUUGACGAAAUAGAAGAAGGGAAUAACUACAACUAG